GGAUGGGAUGUGGCUUUGACCUUAGCUCUAGUAAACAUGGCAGCUCAAGCCAAGCAAGGUUGGGAUUUCGACAAAUUCGACGACGGCUCUUUAAAAAUUGUUGGGGAGGUUCAACUGAAGAAGUAUGGAAAAUUCCUGGAGGACUACGCCACUCAACUCAAGGGCAUCGAAGAUGCCUUGGAUAGCUCCAUUGGAGACACCUGGGAUUUCACCCUUGACCCCAUAUCAUUGCAGUUCCUGCCCUAUGAACAGACGAACAUCCUGGAACUCAUCAAGACAGAUAAUAAGAUCUUCAACAAGGUGAUAACAGUUUUUGCCAGCCUGUGCUGUGAGAUGAACACGCUGAAACAUGAGGCUGAAAUCAAGUUCUACCCCGGUGUCAUGUUCUAUGGGGAAGGAGAGCCUGAGACUGGUCUUGAGGAAGGCGAAGCACAGGUGCAGAUGGGUCGUAUGAUGCCGUUCAUGCAGGAACUGUCCUGUUUCAUCAACCGUUGUUAUGAAGUCGUCAGGAGCACAGUCCACCAGCUUGCCUCGUUGUACAACAACUCAAAAACGGCACCAAAGAUUAUUGACGUUACCCAUGUGCAUUUUCAGACUGUCUACGAACAUCUUGGAGAUAUACUGCGUGUGCUUAUCACUCUUGAUGAGAUUGUCGCUAACCAGUCGACUCUCAAAGACCAUUGGACGCUCUACAAGAGAAUGCUGAAAUCUGUUCACCACAACCCCACCCGUUUUGGAGUGGAGGAAUCCAAACUCCGCCCCUUUGAGAGGCUCCUGAUGGGCCUGCAAGGCCAACUUCUGGACGGCAUGAUAUUUCAGAAUUGCGUGGAGCAAGGCUUCGACAACAAUAGUGUUCUUGUUUCCAAGAACUCCUUCUUUGCUGAGGAAUUUGCCUUCAACAUUCGCAACAUGUUCACCCAGGUGGAUCCAAAGAUUGGAGAGAUUAAUGAAAUCAACCAGCGGCUUCAGUAUGUUGGCAUCUGCGGCCUGUAUGUGCUUCACUUCCAGAUCUUCCGUGUCAUUGACAAGAAGAUGUUCAAGUCACUCUGGGAUGUCUACCGCAGGGUACCGGCCAUCACCCUGACGGCCAACAUUGUCUGGUCAGCCAAUCAGUUCCUCCUCAGGAGUCUGUCUCCCCAUAUCGCCAGGUUGCUGGACAAGAAGUCACAGCAGUCGGUGAUGCAGACCACGCAGGCGUUCCUGCAACAGAAGAGCCAGAGCCUGGUCAGGGAGGUCCAGGUGUACUACAUGCAGGUGUGUUCAUGGAUGAUCAAGAUGGAAUCCAGCCUGACGUCAGCCAACACAGUUAUGGAAGAUCUGACCCACAAGUGCAACCUUUUUAUUCAUGGUCUACUGUUUGCCUACAAUAUUAGUAACUUGGUGCGUACCGUCAUGAACCUCCAUGCUCACAUGAAUAAGCCCAUGACCAAAACAGCGGUCUUGGCUCUCUGCCGACUCAUUGAAAUGCUCAAGUCUAUUGAGCAUACCUUCCAUCGGAGAACCAUGCUGGUAGCUGAGUCUAUCACUCACAUUAUCCAGUACCUGCAGUUCACAUCGUUAGCUCUGGUCAAUGGGGCAAAGAAGCGUAUCAUCUCAGACAAGAAGUACAGUGAGAAGAGAUUGGAUGCCCUGUCGGCACUGGUUCUCGUGGAGAAUGCACUCAGUGGAACAGCCACAAAAGAGAGGAAGCUGAUUGCAAAUCUGGCGCUGCACGUUGGCACUCAAAUGAAAGCCUUCAAGGAAGAUGAGCUGGCCUCAUACCGUACCACAAUGAACAAGCUCUUUCUCAUCAGCGACCUCAGGGAAAAGUUGCGAGAGGCAUGCGAUUGUAGCUUCCUGUACUGGCAUCGGGUCGUUUUUCCUCUCUAUCUGGCUGAUAGGUUUGAGAAUGCAGUCGACGCUCACAGGCUUCAUUACAUGUUCGGUGCGCUAGCAGACUGUGUACCCCCAAUUACCCAGUCCAAGCAUCUGGAAUCUCCACAACAACUUCUGGAUUCCUUUGAGAAGGAAACCAAUGCACAAUUCAAAGAGCACCUGCUGGAUCCACUGUGCCGUGGAGUCGAGACAGACCUCAGAUUGUCCAUUCACAACCAUCUUCAGCUGGACAGUCGUAACCCCUUCCGAGUCCCCCUGCAGGACGUGUCUCACUUCAUCAAGAUGAGACCUAUACGAUUCUUCAACAACUUUCUGGACAUCAAAGCUUCUGUCACCCACUACUUGGACAAGACCUUCUAUAACCUGACAACAGUAGCCCUCCACGACUGGAAGACGUAUGCUGAGAUGAGGAACCUUGCAUCCCAGAAGUAUGGCCUGACAAUGACCGAGGCACACCUGCCUACACAGACACUGGAACAGGGCCUUGAUGUGCUGGAGAUCAUGCGCAACAUUCACAUCUUUGUGUCCAAGUACCUAUACAAUGUUAACAAUCAGAUCUUCGUAGAGCGUUCCAGCAACAACAAGCACCUGAACACCAUCAACAUCCGACAUGUGGCCAACUCCAUCCGAACCCACGGCACGGGCAUCAUGAACACCACAGUCAACUUCACCUACCAGUUCCUGCGCAAGAAGUUCUUCAUCUUCUCCCAGUUCAUGUACGAUGAGCACAUCAAGUCCAGACUGCUCAAGGACCUACGUUACUUCAAAGAGAACAAGGGUGAUCUUCACCAGAUGUACCCCUUUGAGAGGGCAGAUAAGUUCAACAAAGGAAUCCGCAAGCUAGGAUUGACACCAGACGGGGACAGCUACCUGGACCAGUUCCGCAAUCUCAUCAGUCAGAUAGGAAAUGCUAUGGGCUACAUCAGGAUGAUCCGAUCUGGGGGUCUACGAUGCUGCAGCAAUGCCAUCCGGUUCGUGCCUGAUAUUGACGACAUUGUCCAAUUUGAAGAGCUGGUGUCCGAGGAAGGCCUGUCGGAAGAAGCGAAGACGGCGGCUAAAAAUCUGGACGGCGUGAUCGGCAAUUUGACGAAGAACUUUGCCGAGGGAACUGAGUAUUUCAAGAUGCUGGUGGAUGUCUUUGCCCCUGAGUUCCGAAGCUCCAAGAACAUGCAUUUACGCCAUUUCUUCAUGAUCCUUCCACCGCUGACGUUGAACUUUGUUGAGCAUGCCAUCAACUGCAAGGACAAACUCAGCAAGAAGAACAAAGUCGGAGCAGCCUUCACCGACGACGGAUUUGCAAUGGGUGUUGCAUACAUCCUGAAGCUACUGGACCAAUAUAACGAGUUUGAUUCACUUCACUGGUUCCACUCAGUCAGCUUCAAGUACAAGAAAGAGAAGGAAGGAGUGAAGAAACAACAGGCUAAUGAUGAGAAACUCCAGCAGACGGUCAGUUUGACCAUCAAGAGACUGGACACAUACCAACGGGAGUUCGAUCUACUGUACUACAGUCUGAGCAGUGCUCGCAUCUUCUUCCGAGCUGACAAGACCGCCGCCGAGGAGCAAGAGGAGACAAAGGAAAAGGAAAAAGAAGAAGUUGCUGCGGGAGAGGCAGAGAGCAGUAACCAACAGGCAGCCCUACCUGAGACACCCAGCAACCAAGCCGCCAUCCAAGCCCCACCACAGGCUUCACUCCCAGCUAUUAUGCCCAGCUAACUGUCCCAACAGAGGGCUCAAACAUGCCACAGAGGAAAGGUAUAGUUCAGACGAACUGGAGAAGUUACUGUGGACAAGUUAUCUAAUUAUCAACGGAAGUCAGUUCUCUGGAAGUAUCCUGGGUAUCCUUGGAUGGAAUUGUGGGAAAUUUGAUAAUGAACAUCUGUGAUGCAGAGAACCAGAGCAAAAUCUCAACAGCUCUUUGGAAAGGUGCGGAUGCGGAUGCAUUGUUGACUAUGUUUGUGUAGGGAAGAGCAAAGGCAGUCAUUCUUACAAAUAAAGAUAACAAGAUAACGAGGAAUAAGUUGAGUGGCCAAUUUUGCUGUGCAGAAUUUGUUACCCAGUGAAGUCUGUUUAGGCAGGAGACUGGAUCUAAGGUGACACCAUUUAUUGUCUUAUGUAUUAAUUUGUUUGAUGUUAAGAUAUGUUGAGAGUUUCGUUUUUUGAUGAGGCUAUGUAUAGGACCUUUUAUAUCAGAUUUUGUAAAAGGAUUCUGGAAGCGUGGGGCCUUUUGUUACUGGUUUUCUUCAUUCUUCCACCCCCACAUUCUUUUGUCACUAUGGUACAGCCCCCAAGAUUGGAUGUGGCACAUUUUAAGUAAACUAUUUUAUAAAUGAAAAGACUACAGGCUUGAAUGUUGGAAAUUGAUUCCUUUCUGUGACUUGCCGCUACAGAUUAAUCAGCCGAUUGUAUUUCAUUCAGCAAUUUCAAAUUAACGAAAUACUAAAAGUGGCGUGAAAUUGUAGAAGCCAUUGACAAAGAUUUCUCUGGGUGGUCUCAGUAUUUGCAACAUGAGCUUGUUGCUGACAUGUUGGUCUGGCUUUUAGAGUGAGUGUGUUUUGUCACAAGUCACAAAGAGCGUCCUGGGAAAACAGAUCAUCUGCCAAAUUUGUUCAGCAUUUAACAAUAUCGAAAAUCACUAAUUAUUGAGAAAUUGAACUAUUGCCAUGUCAGAUUGAAAAUCAACUGAAAUCGUGAAAGGUUCUAUGCCUGAUAUAUUUUGGAUUUAAUUUCCCGGUUGGGAAGGGAAUGAUGUCUGUAUGAAGAUGUAUACUCACCUUAUUUGAAUAAAAUCAAUUUGAAUGUCCAGGACCUGGGGGAGGGGAGGAGUUCAAUGACAACUGAUGGGGGUGCCGUAAUAACAUAAAACAAAAUGUAUAAAUGUCAUUUUAGAUGGAGCUCAGUGCUAUAAUCCUACAUUCCUAUAAUUUCUUCAGAUCUCUCCAUUAGAAGUUUUUCAAUUGGAGAGGCAAUGGAAACUGUUAACAACGGUGGUACGCGUUGUACAUUUUGUUCUAACGUUUUCUGUCGAUUUUGUCUGGUAUACAUGAAAAUAGUUAUUCGUUUCACAAAAAGUCUGAUAUUGAAAUGUGAAGCGACUUGAGUGUUGCUUUGCUAAGUCGGCAACACGUCUUUCUCAAGUUGAAUUUUUAAGAUUUGUCUGUGGAUCAAAUUCACAAAUUUAACAAGAAAAAAAUCUAUAUAUUGGAUGGCCAGCAAGGCCUAGCGCCUGACAUCCAGUUAAGUUGGAAUGUGAAAAACCAGGAGUUCCCUUUAUGGGGUAAAUGAUGCAUGGAGAAGUAAUUUUUAUUAGAGCCGAGAAAGAUUAGAUAACGCUUUAUUCUGUUCUUGAAUGUUUCAUGUAACUGUUAUAAUUUGUUCUCGCUCUGAAAGCGAACACAGCCUUUAUUUGGACUAAUAUUGUUAUAAAAACAUAUUAAUGAUAAUUAUGAGUUGUAAGAACGGGCCAUGAUAGACCUUAGUUCUGCUGUGUCCCUCAGCUGAGCAUCGACUGAAGAUCAGUCCAAAUAUAUCUGCGGAAUGUCAUGAGUAACCCUGUUUGAAAAAAAAAUACAGUGAGAAGCCUCCAUGUAUUUGUUUUUCACAAUUCCAGAAGCUGAUUUCCAGAAUUGUGGAAUUAUUUAUGACAAUGUAUAAAUGUGUAAUUUACAAGCUGGCUGCAGAAUGCUUGGAAUAAGGAAAAUGCAUGCGUGAAGGAGGAUUGUGAAACAUUGCGGUCUUGAAUUCCUUUUCAUGCCCAAACAGAAUUUUGAAAAGUGAAAUCAGUUGCUCAUUGAAAAAGAUGUAUUAUUGUUCAUAAUGUAUAAGUUUUAUAGAAAAUUCAAUUCACAAAUAUACUAAAGUGUUGAACCACGAAUCAACCAACCAUUUACAAUUGAUUUGUGUGCAAAGCAGGCGUGUAUUGGGCUGUUAAUCACCGAAGUAAAGCUUGCCAAAUAUUUCUGAAAAUUACAAAAUGCGUAAUUGCUUAUUAGCUUAUACUUUUCAUGAAUGAAUCUGCUUGACGUAUUUCUACUUUAGGGUGUGCCAUCUGAAGCACAGAUUAUCUAUUUGUUACUAACGGUAAAGGUUUGGAGCAUUCUUCUUAUGUAAGCUUACCGAUGGGGAAAAAAUUAUAUAAUUGUUGAUCAAUUACCCAUGACUGCUUAAAACACCAAGAGGUCAAUGGAUUCAAUCUGUUAUACUUCAGGGUGGGGUAUUUUAUAAAGUGGAUCCUGUUUGGGUUAAUAAGUAUACCAAACAAGUUGAUAAAUUGCGAAAGCGCUGCGCGUUGAAAGUCCUCAAAACGUCGGGACCGAUCCUCGCUGAAGAUCCCUGAAAAAAUGAACAUUUUGGACUGCACACACAGUGACUGUGACUUUGUCAUUCGGUUAUGUUGUCUUUUACAUUAUCUUACAAACCAGCGUUGCAGCUGACGUUAAGAAAAGGAAAAGCAAGUCAUAAGUGCCCCCUCCCCCGAGUUUGCCCUUUUUCCAUUGUGGGAUUAUUAAUUAAUGUAUAUUAUGACCAACGUAACCAGUGGUUUACAAGGGACGCGAUCACACGAUUUAUCAGAAUGGAACUUUGUUUGCAUUCCGUAGCAAGUUGCAUUUCCAUCGACAGUGUAACAAGCUAAAAGGUAUUUUUAUAUAAAUGAAAUGUUUCCUACUGAGAUAAUUGUUCAUAAAUCUUAACAGAAGGCUGUAUUCAGAGAGGGUGUAUUCUGUUUCGAGUGGCCUUCUCAUUUUUGCUUAUAUUCCUGUUCUAAUCAUGAGUGUUUGUUUGGACUGUUGCGCUUCGUCAUGUGCUCUGUUUAAUGUUCAAACUGCCAUCACACGGUAUGUAGGCCUAGUUAGAAACGAAAGGUGAUCGUGAUUGACAAGGCAGUGUGAUAUUAACCUUCGGUAAUUAGGAUUUGAUUGCGAUGUAGUUCUCCGCCCUCCCCUUGCUCUGUAAUGUUGACUUGCAGGCAGUUUUGAAACCAAUCCUUCUACCCUGGCCACGUACAUGAGUUAGUAAGGUGAAAUGAUUUGGGAACCUCUCAAAUUAAUUCGCUCAAAAUAAGUUGCAUGCGCUACAUUUUCAUUUCAACAGUUACGUUUAUAUUUGUCCAUUGCCUUUUAGUUGAACGAGAUGGCAGCCUGUUAUGUAAUAUUUUGGCGGCAAGAGGCCAUGAAACUUAAGUUUAAUGAAUAGAUUUUUUUUAUCAAAUAAAUUACCCUAACACUCCUCAAUCCUUCACCUGUUGGAGCUCUGAGGAGUGUUAGGGUUAAAGCAUCCAAAUUCUGUGAACCAACAAACAACUUUUUUGACACAAAUAAUGACCUGUGGUUGUUAAUUAUGUUCUAACUCCCGGGAAACCGUCUGUUUGUUGAAUUCGGAGAUUUAUAAUACACGGAAAGUAAACAUUAUAUAAAUUCUAUAUGCCCUGGUAUUUUUAAUUUGGAAAAGGAAGCAUUCACUCCCUGUUACACAGUUAACACAAAAGGCAUCGCUGUUAAUGUUCUUUGUGAUACUCGACGAUAAAACACGACUACAAUGUGA